AUGGCGACCAACGCGCCUUUGUUGGGCAACCAAAGCAAGAAAGGUGGCCAUUCAAAGGCGUCGAUCUUCUACGGGGCCGAUGAGUACUUGGAAGAGCUCAAAAAGAAGUAUGCCCAUGACCAUGAGAUUGCGGCCAUGAAGAACCUGCUGCCGGGUGAGGCGGAUCCCAAUGCAGCAGGUGUCGCCCAGAGCCAGGAUAAGAUGCUGAAGGUGGAGAAGGACAACGAGAACCGGAGCUUGAUCACCAAACGUUUGUUCCCCACGGCCAACAAGCCGGAUCCCAUGCCUCAAAACUUGGCGUUCCUCUUCACCAAGAUUACGCCCGAGCAGAUGAUGUACAUGUGGAACGUCUUGACAGCCAUCUUCGUGGGCCAGGUGUUGAUGGUCAUCGCUUAUUGCGGUGCCUUGGCGACGUUGCCCGAUUACUGGUGGACUUGUACUCUGCUCUUCGGGAUCCCGUUCUCCUACAUUGCGAUUCAGAAUAUUUAUAUCGACCAUGACGUGAUGCAUGGCGCAACAUUCCCGGUGUACGACUGGCAAAAGUUCUUGACCCAUCCUUUUGCCGACUUCUUCUCCUUGCCUUGGGAAGAAUUUGUUUUGGAGCACAACCGCCACCAUGCCAGCACGGUGGACCUGUUGAUCCAGGGCGAGUUUGGCUGGGAUCCGGAGGAGUUCCACUACGCCUUGCAGCAGUGGGCAGGACCCUUCAGCACCAACUGGUUCAAGUACAUGCUCACCGUGCCAUGGAUCCCAAUCAUCCACUUUUUCGGCCUGAACGACACUGGUUCCCUCUUCGCUUUGGAGUGGUGGAUGCAUUUCCCUGAUGAGGGUGCCGGUGGAAAGUGCAACAAGGACUUCUGGAACAAAUGGGUGCCUAGGCGUGUGUAUCACAAUGCCUUCGUGCUUGCCUUGUGGACGUUCGUAUGGUUUUUGGGCACUUAUCCUUUGGGUCGGCCAUUGAGCGAGGGAUGGAGGUUCAUGUUCACCGUGUCCUUCUUUGCUCGCAUUGGUUACUCAGCGGCUUGGAUGUUCAUCACCAACUUCACCCAUUCCCUGCCUUGGAACGAGUUCUUGGCACAAGACCCUGGGCGCACCUGGCCGAUUCUGCACAAUGUCAUGGCCUUGGUCUUGGGUGGCAAGCAUCGUUGGAAUGAGAUGUUGUUCCAUGAUGUGCAUCAUGCCUUUCCCAAUGCCGUGGGCACCCUGAGCCAGCGGGGCCGCUUCCACGGAUGGGAGAAGGUGCAUGACGCCGCCGCUGAGGUGUUGCACCGCGGCCUUUGGAAGGCCAAUGGUGACGAGGAAACCCAAAUGCAGAAGACGCAGAAGAAACGCUCUCUGAUGAUGAAGCAGGGCAAGUGA